AUGGAGAAAGUAUUACGGCGAGCUGCUCUCGCGAGCAACCAGGCUAAACGCAAGGCAAAGGCAGUUCUUGAAAAGGACCGCCGCAACAAACUUCAAGGAGACCUGAAGGAGAAAUUUGCGUAUAACCGGAGUCUACUGGAUGAAGCAAUUGAGGAGCGAAAGAACCGCCGGGAGGACUGGUUGAAGGGGCCAUUGGCUCCUCGAAGGAAUUUUGGCGAUCGCGAUGUGCUCUACGGAACGGUUACAACCAAUCGUCUACGGAUGCCCAAGGUCCCCGAGGCGAAGAGGGUGAAAUAUGUGACUUUUGCUCCCGGUGACCGUGUGUGUAUGGUCAGAGGGAGGGAUAAGGGAAAAAUUGGCAAGAUUCUUCAGGUAGAUGAAGAAUCGCAAAGUGUUACUGUUGAAGGAGUGAAUAUGUUCGAUGUGGAAUUCCCUGCGUUUGCGUUAGCAGAAGACAGCGAUAAGCGUCCAUACCGCUCGUAUCCCGUUCCAAUUUCAUUUGAUGAUGUCCGGCUUGUGGUUCCUCUCCAGGACCCUGCUACCAACACGGUGAAGGAUGUCGUUGUUAAGCAUGCCUACGGAGCCGGCCCUUUCCUAGACCGUCCAUACGGCUCAACCACUCCACGACACACACGGUACAUAUCGGGAUUAGACAUUGAGAUACCGUGGCCCGAAACGGAAGAGCCUGACUUUAAAGAUCAUCCAGUUGAUACCCUCCAGAUUGAAGUGGAAAACAAAUCGUACCUCCCAUCGCUGCAGACCUACCCAAUGCCCAGCACAGUUAUAGACGAGCUGAGAAACAAAUACUCGAAGUUCCGCACCCGGCAUGAUCCAGAAUACAUUGCGAAGAAGGAGGAAGAAGCUGCAUUCGAACAGUGGUCGAAGCAGAGGACGCUCGUGACUCCACAAACCGAGUAUUUGACCAAGCUGGCUGAGGAAAAGAGGCAGCAGAGAGAGCAGGAGAAGGACGAGAAUGGCAACUUCAAGCUAUCUGGUGAGACUACCAAUUUUAUUGAGAAUUUCAUGGCCAAGAAGCUGCAGCAACGACAACAGCAGAAGCUUCAGGGCUGA